AUGAACAGCAGCAUCAUGUUUCAGAUUUGUUUGAUUUGGCUGGUCUCAAGUUUCUUUGAGGGUAGGUUUUAAGGCAGGGGUAGGCAACCUAAAGCCCUUGGGCUGGAUGUGGCCCAAUCGACUUCUCAAUCCGGCCUGCGGACGGUCAAGGAAUCAGCGUGUUUUUACAUGAGUAGAAUGUGUGCUUUUAUUUAAAAUGCAUCUCUGGGUUAUUUGUGGGGCCUGCCUGGUGUUUUGACAUGAGUAGAAUGUGUCCUUUUAUUUAAAAUGCAUCUCUGGGUUAUUUGUGGGGCCUGCCUGGUGUUUUGACAUGAGUAGAAUGUGUCCUUUUAUUUAAAAUGCAUCUCUGGGUUAUUUGUGGGGCCUGCCUGGUGUUUUUACAUGAGUAGAAUGUGUGCUUUUAUUUAAAAUGCAUCUCUGGGUUAUUUGUGGGGCCUGCCUGGUGUUUUGACAUGAGUAGAAGGUGUGCUUUUAUUUAAAAUGCAUCUCUGGGUUAUUUGUGGGGCAUAGGAAUUCGUUCAUUUCCCCCCCCCCCCAAAAAAAUAUAGUCUGGUCCACCACAUGGUCUGAGGGACGGUGGACCAGCCCACGGCUAAAAAAGGUUGCUGACCCCUGUUUUAAGGGAAGUGUUGUUCUUCCUGAGUUUCUCUGGGAAAUGGGCUGCCUUCACCAUCUUCUUUUCUCUCCUCCUAGAAUCCAGGGGGCAGAUUGUCAUCACUCAGACACCAGCUUCCCUACAGGCAAGUCCUGGGGACAGAGUCACCAUCCUGUGCAGGGCUUCCUCUUCUGUCAACAGCAAUAUGGACUUCUAUCAGUUUAAACCAGGGCAGAAACCCAAGGUGCUUAUUUAUUCAGGUUCAAGCCGUUUUGGAGCGACUCGGAUCGUUUCAGUGGCAGCCACAGCAACACUGACUUCUCCUUCACAAUCAACGGUGUCCAUGCUGAGGACGAGGCAGAAUACCACUGUUUCCAGCGCCAGAAGUUCCCACUCCACAGUGAUACACUUCAGUACAAAAACCAGCUCGGUGGCCUAA